CUCCGCCGCAGAAGGGCGCCCGGGCCAGGGCUGCUGCUGCUGUUGCUGCUGGAGUGAGGUGCAUCGCCUGGGUUGCCAUCUGCAGCCCUCUGCUUGGCUCUCGGCCCUCCUUAGCAGCCACAAGCCCCCCCUCCUCCUCCUCCUCCUCCUCUUUGUGGCCCCCAUGAUGGCAGCCUUCCUUCUCCUCCUUCCCCCUGGCCCUGCCUGGGGGCUGCUUUUCCUGCUGGCUGCCGGAGUCCUGGGGAUGGAGGCUGCCUCUCCGCCGCCGGGCAAGAUCGCUGUGGUGGGAGCUGGGAUUGGCGGCUCAUCCGUGGCCCAUUUCCUCCAGCAGCACUUUGGGCCACAGGUACAGAUAGAUGUGUACGAAAAGGACACCGUGGGAGGCCGUCUGUCCACCAUCACUGUCAACAAGCAGCAGUAUGAAAGUGGCGGAGCCUCCAUCCACUCCCUCAACUUGCACAUGCAGGACUUUGUGAAACUGCUGGGACUGAAGCACCGUCGAGAAGUGGCAGGGAAGAGUGCCAUCUUUAAUGGGGAGCAGUUUGUCCUGGAGGAGACAGAUUGGUAUCUUCUGAACCUCUUUCGGCUUUGGUGGCACUAUGGCAUGAGCUUUCUCCGCCUACAGAUGUGGGUGGAGGAGGUAAUGGAGAAGUUUAUGAGGAUCUAUGAAUACCAGGCUCAUGGCUAUGCAUUCUCUCGCCUUGAGGUACUCAUGCACUCCCUGGGUGGUGACACCUUUGUGAACAUGACUCAACGCUCUGUGGCAGAGUCCCUGUUGGAGGUGGGCGUCACCCAACGCUUCAUAGAUGAUGUCAUUGUGGCCAUUCUCCGUGCCAGCUAUGGCCAGUCCGUACUGGUGCCUGCCUUUGCAGGUGCCAUGUCAUUAGCAGGAGCCCAGGGCAACAUGUGGGCAGUGGAAGGUGGAAACAAGCUGGUGUGCUCAGGUUUGCUGAAGCUGACCAAAGCCAAUGUAAUCCAAGCUACUGUGACAGCCAUCUCUCUGCACAAUUCAGAAGGAAAAACCUUCUACCAGGUACACUAUGAAGAUGAGGAAGGCCAAGGUUCUAGCUUCUAUGAUAUUGUGGUCAUUGCCACUCAACUGCAUGACAGCAAGAAUAACAUCAGCUUCCAGAACUUUGACCCACCAAUUGCUGAGUUUCCUGGAAUCUUUCACACCACUGUCACCUCCAUCAUCCAUGGCUACCUCAACUCCUCCUAUUUUGGCUUCCCAGACCCAAAGCUCUUUCCUUUCACUAGCAUUCUCACCACAGACACCCCCACCCUCUUCUUCAAUUCCAUGGAUAAUAUUUGCCCUGUGAAUAUAUCAGGUACCUUCAGACGAAAGCAGCCCCAAGAGGCUGCUGUGUGGCGUGUCCACUCUCAGCAUCCCCUGGAGAAGUCGGAGUUAAAGAUUCUUUUCCGUUCCUACUACUCUGUCCAGGUGACAGAUUGGCAGGCUUAUCCUGACUAUGAAUCUGCCAAGACUCUCCCACCUAUUAUUCUCCAUGACAACCUCUACUACCUCAAUAGUGUGGAGUGGGCUGCUGGAUCAGUGGAAAUGGCUGCUGUAGCUGCCAAAAAUGUGGCCCUCUUAGCCUACAACUUUUGGUAUCAUGAUUUGGAGAAAAUAGACCAGAAGGACUUGAUGCACAAAGUGAAGACUGAGCUGUGAAUUUGGCAAAAGCUGCUAGAGCAGACUUUCUGAGAACCUCUCCAUUAUUGCAUGUAGGCAGAGGGGAGGAUUGAAGGUUUACACUGGAGUUUUUGCAGGGAGGGAAUGGUAACUAGCACAUACAUCCCUGUACCUUGUCUGCUGUCUACAGUAAGUGCUUCCCAUAUCCAGAUGCCACUCUGUCUCAGAGUGUCUGUGAAUACAUAUCUGGGGAUGAACAGCUUUUAAGAAUUAGGAAACAACCUGGGAAGGGAGAGACAAUCUAAUCUGAAAACUGUCCAGGCUAACUCCUGCUUUAAAAUGGAGGGGCAGAAUUUUUCAGGCCAAGGGGUCCUUACCUGCUAAGCCAUGCAGUGCUGCUGCACAAUGUUUGGCAGUUUUGAAGGAAACUGCCCGAGAAGGGAUUCCCCUCUUGCCUCUGUAGCAAAUGCAGUCUUGGCUCCGAAUUAAUUUGUGCUGGGUUCUCUUCUUGUGCUUAAAUGUCUAUAUGAAAGGCAGUGGCAUUUUUAGGGUGGGGGGACUUGUUUUUGUGAAUUCUUUGUAUUUCUGCCACCCUAAGCAGUGUUAUUCUUUGCAUUGUUACUGUGCCUCAAUAAUUUUCAUCUAAAUGGUUAACCAGAGAACCUUGAACUGGAUCUUCAGAUACUGGCAAAAGCUCAGGUUUAACAUCUUGCUGACUCCUACUACCAGGGCAUGUGGUACUGCAUAACCUCAAAACCCUGCAGCUAACACCUGACUUCAUGUAGUCUUGACCUAUGUAACAUGGAGGAGGGAAGACUUCCCCAAGCUGACAAAAUAGGUUGAGCUUACUCCCCCUCCAAAGUAGGGCAAAAGGACUUCCAUCAUUUUCAAAACUAGGAGAAACUUACAGAAGCAUUUGGGGGGAGGGGGGAAUUCCUGUGUUUGACACAAUCUACCAUCUCAGAGAUGCCUAAAGAAAAUAGUAAAGGACUCCUCUCCCCUUAAAGUCAAGGCCAGCUAAGUUACUUUGGCAUGUAAGUCAGAAAACCCCCACACCUACUUCUCUCUGUCUCCCUGGCAGUAAAAAACAAAACAAAAGAAUAAAUCUAUAAAUAACAGUUUUCUGACUUUUCACGGUACCACAAACCUGCUGCCUAAGGCAGGCAUCUCACUGCUUAAUGGGAGGGCUGGUCCUAGGGCCAACAGUUUUAUCAAGCUGAUUCUGUGAGUCUUGAAAUGGAUUGUUGAUUCAGGAAUCUUCCUGCUGCUGCCAAUUUAAGCUCUGUUUACCUGUAAUUACUUUUUAGGGAACAAAGAUAGCUUGAUUCAGUUGAUUUCUUGAAUCAACCUGUUUUGAUGUUAGAGAAAAGGCUAAUCUCAUCUCCAUUGUCUAAGGUAGGGCAUAUAUACUGGAUUUGUUAAAAAGAAUAGUUGAACAUGGGUUUUGAUUAAAGAAUGGCAUAUCUGCAAAACGGGUGAGGAAUACACUUUAUUGUCAAAAGUAAAGCUGCCUCUUGGUCACAAUGAAUGGCAGGUGAAUUCCUCCAAUUUCUAGAAGGUGGAAGACAAGUAGAAGCUGGCUAUCCUUUAAUAAAGAAACAUCCUUUGUUGAGUGUUGGAUGACUGCCUGCUACUGUCUUCUCAAGUAUGGUUGAACAAAAGUAAGCCAAAAAUCAAGCUGUCAAGUCAUUCUUCUCUGAUGUUCAAAAACAGCCCUGUUGAGCAGGGGUGGGAAUCAUGUUCCUCUGCAGUUAUUGUUAGACUGCAAAUCCUAGCAGCCUUACCCAGCAUAACCAAUGGUGAGGAAUGUUGGGAAUUUCAAUCCAACAUUUGGAGGGUAUUGUUUUCCAUGAGCCCGAGUAACCUCUAUUCCAUCCUUCAUUAUGGCUUUGUGCUCCUAGGUAAUUGAGCUUACAUUGUCUCUACUGCGUAAUGGCAGUUCUUCAAAGGUCUUGGGUUGGAUAAACAAUGUCUAAGUACUGCUUGAGCUUGCUGAGCAAUGCCUUGAGUUUCCGGGAAUUGAACGUGGGCCCCUUGGCAUGUAAACUGUUCACUCUGCCACUGGUCUGUGCUGCUCUUCUUCACUGUGGAGACAUAUUCCUUGCUUUGUCAAGGAUGGAUGUGACGUGUGAAUGGCAGAUUGUGUGAAUUGUCAGUUGUUGGAGGUUUCCAAAUGAUCAUGGUUCCUAACCCAGAGAUAAUUUGUUUAAUGGCUUGGUUUGUGUGUUGCUCUUGCUCUGGCCUGUGUUUUCCCCAACAGACCCAGGCUAAGAAAGCUGAGAAGUGAUUAUUUCUAUGAUUUAGGUUCAAUGGAAAUUGUUGUCUAACAAUGUCUGGAGUGCAAAAGCUUCCCAAUCCUAAAAUAGUCUUUGCUUUGCCUUUGGUACAAGUGCCAAAUGUCUCUUGUUCCU